GCCGCCCAACCGUUACCACUGGCUCCAUGCCCACAGUUUCUGCCUCCAGAUAAUGAUCUAGCGGAGGCGGCGUGGGCUCUCGAGAGGAUAUGAGCUCUACAUACAACCUCGGGGGCGUCCCUGGAGAAAUUGCAUUUGAGAACAUCUUUUUUCUAUCCCCUCCUAUCCGGGCGCUUUUCACCCUGCUCUUUCACCCCAGGGACACCGCGGCUGCUAUGGAAAAGCAAAAACCCCUCUCAACAAAAGAAAUGGAUGAUUUUGGCGUGCGUGCUUUUUUCAAUCAAUCAUAUUUCGGGUGUUCUUUCAUGAGCGGUGUGGGGGAAAGUAGUGGGAUUCAAGCCCACGGGUUCUGGGGAGAGGAUGUUGGAACCAAGCAGGUCGCUACCAAUCGGAAGGAGGGUAGAGAAGGGAAGGACAAAGAAAGAGGAGGGGUUACCAAAACCACGACGGACGAAGAGAUGAGCGACGCCCGUUUCGUUCCGCCAUUUUCCCCUCUGGCUGAAAGAGGGCAAAGGGAAACCAAAGGGUGGGAAACGUUGCGGCGCGCGCGUGUUUGAAGCAAACGAUAUACCAAGACAAGCAAGGUCUCUUUUCCUUUUUUACUCUACUUUUUCUGCUUUUCCAAGAAA